AUGACUUCGGUUUGGAAGAGGCUCCAGCGGGUGGGAAAGAAAGCUGCGAAGUUCCAGUUUGCUGCUUCGUUUCAGGAACUGAUGAUAGAGUGCACGAAAAAAUGGUGAGUAACACGAAACACCACUUUUAUCAGGAUAACAAGUGUGUGAGUGUCGUGUUUUGUUGGGUUAAACCUCUUAAACGUGUCUCUGUAAGUAUCGGGACCACUGACACAUCGCGUACGAGAGGAGAAAGCGACACCAAACCCCAUUCAGAAAAAUCAUAAUUUUACUCUUCGUACGACGCACAAGAAAACAGCCUUUUAGAAGGAAGAAAGACCAUUUCUACCACACAGUAUACACGGAAACCGUCACAUUUAUUGUAAGAGUUUAAAAAAAUGUUUAUUUGUACUUAAUACUAUCGUCAUUACCACUCGGUAGAGUCCUACACCUAAGGACGAAAACUGCACUAAAACAGAUGAGAGUCUGGGUAGACGUGAUGAUCAGGGAGACUGAAGCGCAUUUUCUAUUACUUAAAGAUUAACCUUAAUUCUGGGAAAGUAGACUUUUGGUUUACACAUGUGUUUCAAAGAAAAUUAAUCAGUAAAUCGGUGGAUUUAGAGAUUAAUAUGAAAGUGUUUUUCUAAAGAUGUACUCAGGUUGAUAUUAAUACAAAAAUAUGGUGACGCUGCAUCAGAAAGCACGCCCCAAUAACCUACUUCCGUGUCUGCUGUUUAUAUCUUGAGCCCACAGUGUGUAUUUAAUCCAGCACGAUACUAUCCUGUUUAUUAUGCCCUUCUAAGAGGUUUUAUCCAUAUUUUUUAUUUUAUCUCUGGAAAGCACAUUUGCUUCAUCUGCACUUAAUCAGCAUCACCAGAGCUGCACCCAGUGAGUCUGCAAAGUGUACAAGCUCAGCCUGCACAUUAUCUUUAAUAUAUUUACACUAAAGCUUAAUGAAGUGGGCCAAAACUGUGAAUAAAAUCCACCUGUGGUUACUGUAACUCUGUUUUCAGCUAUGACUUUAGGAGAAACUGGAGGCAGAUAUUACAUUUUCUACACUUUUCCAUUAUAACAUGCAGAUGUUAAAUACAUUUACCAUCUUAUGUUAUGAAAGCUGAUGCACCAAUAAACAAAAUUUUACUAAAGAUCGGACUAUUGUAUUGAAUUAAACGGCAUAAGUCAGAGUGUUACCAUAGCAUUUAACAAGGUGAAGUUUUAACACUGAAAAUAAGAGGAUUUAACCCACUGUAUCCGUAAUUAAAGCACACUUCAGUGAAAACACAUUUCUGCUUUAUAAGGUAAUAUAACUCAAGGGUCUUAUCUGUCUAGUUGUGGUCCUUUAGAUAUCAGGUAUUGAGUGCAUAAGGAUUGUUUUCUUUUAGGGCUGUUAAACAGUAGUUUUUAAAAUCAUGACGAAUUGAAGAAUUUUAAGCAUUAAACAAAUCAUGUUUUUAUUACAUGUUUAAAGUUACAUUAUUUUGCAUACAAUACGUUAUUAUUUUGCCACACAGCUACUGCAGUCUUGUCUAGCUGAUCAGCACAAAAGAGGAAUAAGGUGUGCAGUUGUUUUGAGAUAUUUCUGAUUUCUCAGUGAAGUCCAGUAAUCCCUGGUUAAUGAAGUGGCAUUCACAUUUUUGUUUGCUUUCUUUAUUUCCGCUAUUACUUUAAUCCACGGAUUGUAAUUUUUUAGAUAAUUCUGAUUAGUGAUAUCCAGGGAUUCCUUGUAAAGGUACAUGACUUGUUUUUUUCAGGAGUUCCGGUUGAAUUGCUUUCUCUGUGGAUACUGAGGUAAUUCUGAUUGCUCAGUGGAGUCUUUGGUUAAUGCAAUAAAACAUGUUAUUUUCAGGAGUUCCAGUGUAGUCACUUUCUCCUUUCAUCUACAGGUCUGUAAAUUAUGAGAUAGUUUUGAUUUCUCAGUGCUGUCCAGGGAUCACUGGUUAUAAUAACAGGGUUCGCACUUCUAGUUCUAGUUCAGUUGCUGUCCCUGUUUUUUUUUACUCCGUUUCAUCCACAGGUCUGUGAUGAUUUCUACUACUGGAUUUUGUGAUGCAGUUGCCUGCUGACAUCUGUCUGAUUGACUCCACCUGUAUACUUACCUUGUAGGUUGUCACUCAAACUGGAAGUACUCUGUGGAUCUAGUAAAUUUGUUUGUGAUGAAGUACAGACUCUUGACUCGUCUGGGACUGGACUGAAUGACAGUAAAAAGGGUCAUUCAGAGGGCAGUGGUGCUGUCAGGAGCUUGAUUAUGGUGUUUAAUGGACAAAAUUGAAACUUUAGCCCAUCCUAUGAACUGCAUUAAUGCAUUUACUCAUUAAUUAAGACAAUGUUAGUUCAACCAAACUAUCUUUCUGUAUAUCAUGCAAUCAUCACAGCAGACUGGUAUAAACCCUGAAAUAAGAAAACAAUAUUGAGAGACUCAUGAACUGGGGUGAAACCAGAUUUUGAAUCCAAACCUGGCCUCAGGAGUCAAAUCCAAAUUGAAUGAAAGAAUCAAAUCAAAUUGUAAAAUUUUGCGUGAUUAACACAUCUAUUAAAUGGACUCAGACUGACUCACUAAAGUGAAUUGGUUUCUAGGCUCAUGAAGUGGUACGCACAAUGCUGCAGGAGCCUCAUUUUCAACGAGCUAUCAUUCAUGGUGUCAUAACCCUUUUUAAAAAUCAUUAAUUACACAUUCAAACAAAACCUGUCAGAGAAGUAAACAUGGAGAUAAAUCACCAUGAAGAAAGAGAACUUAAAAGAAACAUUUACUUGACCUGGAUUUUGAUUGUAGAGUUUGACCCAUGUCCCAUCUGUUUACAUGGAGGAGGUGGGGUUUAUGUGCUUGACUGCAACUAGUCAGUAGGGGUAGCUCCAAAUGCUUUGACUUCACUUUUGGUGAGCUGUUGUGUUGGCUUUUCACAGACUCAGCAUUUAUGGAAAUCUUCAGAGUUUGGACUUAAGUGUCUCCACCCUAGAACUGAGCUCAGAUCUUCAUCAACACUAACAGCCGUCCCCUGAGUGUGUUUGAGCUGCUGCAGUCCUGACUCUGCAGGACCUCCUUUAAUUCCAUUAUCAUUAGUCACAGUAGCCGUCAGCACGUCUGUGGGUCCUCCAGCCUCAGCCUGUUAGACUCUCUGCGGUCUUCACUUUUCAGUAACUUUCAUCCAAAUCCACCAGUAUCAACAUGUCCCGGGUCGAUCUGACGUAGAUGCUGUUAAGCAACUCUGUGUGAUACUUCAACACUCAGCUUGUUCUGUUCUAGUUAAGCUCUUCCCUCAGGCACACCAGUCAUUGUGAGUGUACGUGUGUGUGUGAUGUAACACACAAUGUAAAGGGAAGCCGCAGCAGCCUAUAAAUGUGAGACGCAACAAUGUGAAUUGUUUAUGAUGUUUAAAUUGUGAUUUUUUCUAAAAGGGUUGGUGGAUUUUUGACCUCAGAUACCCUUUUGUGUCUGACGGUGAAGACUGUAAGUCAGGAAUAUAAAACUUAACUUAUUAGUUAUUAAAAUUUAAGUUUUUAGAACUGUGAAACUUAUUCUCCUCAUUUUCAUCUUUUGUCCUGUCAGUCUUUAAUGCCUUUGGUGUAGCUUAGUGUGGUUAGCAGCUCAUAAAAUCACAAAUCCUUUAAGUCAAGAUUUGAAGUAUUUUGCAAUGAUAAAAUUAAAUCAAAGUUUUGAUAGAAUAUGAUCUUGUUUUCCUUAAAUUACGAGUUUAAUCGUUCAGUCUUUUAUUCUGUGACUUUUGUCUCAGAAGUUGUAAGUUUUGGCCCAUCAGAGUUUUUGUUACAGCCAAACACUAAGUGGCCUGUUGAGGAGACAUUAGACCAACAACUCCUGUCCUAAACUGAAGGUUUACGUCAAUAUGCUUUCUUUAUAGUUUCUGCCACAGGAGAAACCCAAGUUAGUAGAUAGUUUAUCUGUAAUAAAACCAAAGAUUGUUCACAGAAAUACUUGACCAGUAGACCAAUAACUCCUGUGUCCUGUAAGGUUAAAUCUCUGUUUUCCUCAGUGGAGCUGGUGAGCUUAGAGAAAAUGAUUAAAUAGCUGUUUGUGACAGAAAAAAAAACUCCUUCUCUCUAUAUGAAAAGCUCAGUCUCUGCAGGGAUCUACUCUGUAAUGCCUUUAGAUCUCUGGAUUUUUUUUAUCAUUUAGAUACUACACCAGACUGCACUGAGGAGAACUGUAAUUUUACCUUACAGCAGACAGUGGUUGAUUUUCUUCAGCUACUUUAACUGGUAUAACUCAAGGUAUCAUUAUGCCAGUUUAGAGUUUGUUUGUUUUUUUAACCAAGUUUUUAUUGGUAUUCAUAUGUAUUUACACAUAUCUUUCAGUUCACAUCAGAUUUUUCUUUCUGUUACAUACAUAUGAAAAAGAAAAAAAAACUCCAAUGUCAUUCAUGAAAUGUAUAGACUGAACAGUCAAAGAAAUAACAGUUCGGCAAACACUCAGUCACUGGACUGUUUCUGACAUUCUUCCAAAUCACACUUGGACAGUUCUGAGAUCGCAUGGUUUGACAAUGUUUCACAUUGGUAGGUUUAAAUAUUUGCUUACAGGGCCCCAUCUUGUUGAGAAAGUGUCCAUCUAAAGAUGAAGGUGUGCUGUUAUCUUCUCCAUCGCGUAUAUAUCUUUUUCACUCUCUCCUGCCACUUGGAUAUAGUAGGAGGGAGCAGUUUUAACCACAAGACAGUUAUCAUCUACCUAGAUAUUAAUAAUAGGACAUGUAAUAGAUACCUUUUUUCCCAUCUUCCCUCAGGGAGUGCUCCGAUAAUAUAAAAUUAUGGGGUCAGAGGUAAAUCAAUGUUUAAGAUAGAGAAUAUUUAUUUCUGAAUCCCAAUAGUUUUUCAACUUUGGGCCAUCCCAAAAUAUGCGUGUGGUCUCUCAUCUGGUGACAGUCUCUCCCAGUUUAGUGUUUUGAAAGUUUAUUUGAUGCCAAACUAAAUUUUUCUGUAAUAAUCAAUUACCAACUAAAAGAUAAUGCUUUUUCAGGGAGAGGUAGACCAUCAACUCCCUGUGUCAGUGAGAAAAGUUCUUGUUUUUCUCAGUUUUGUGUCUUUGUGGAAAGUGAUGUAUCAGCUGUUGGUGGUUAGAAAUCAUCUUAUCCUCCACACAAAGCUCUAUCUCUGCAGAGAUCACUUCUGUAAUGUUGUAAGACAAUCUGAGCCUGUCAAGGACAACAACAACAACUUGGAGUGGCUGAACUUUGAUUUAUGGAGGACUAUGUUGCAGUCAUUGCAGCCUGUUUCAGAUUUGUUGCACUUGGCGUUUAUAAAUGUUUCUUUAAUUUAAAUCCGAAUGUUUCAUCUCUAUCUUGAUGCUUCAGCAGCUUUGGCUCCACCUUUCACUUAGAUAAUCUGUCAGACAUGUUGAUGUUAUUAGAAGCACUCAGCGUCCGUCAUGACCCUCCUAUCAAAAUGAAUCGGCUCAAAUUAAAGAGGUGACAAACGCCAAAAGGAAUAGCGGAAGACAUCUGAAUUUAUUGCAGCCUUAAAGCCUGCUGCUCCUGGCUCUGAACUGUAAAACACUUUAUUGACCCACAGUGGGGGUGACAUCUCUGCUGUGAUUUCCCGUCUAUGACAAGAAUGUGUAAAAUGUGGACCAGCUCGACCAGCAGUCUCUCAUCUGAUUAGAAGAAAACUCUGACAGUGAAGAUUUAGAGAGUUUAGACAGCCUGGUUUAAACAUUUAAGAGUUUAUAAUCAACAACUUUCCUCACAGCAAGCAGCUCUGACUCACAGGAGGGAGAGUUCAAUUGAAAUACACAGCCUGUCCAGUUGUAGACUCUAAAACACGUUGUCAUCCAUUAGUAGGUCACUCUGUUUUAACAGCUCAAGAACAUGACUGUGAUAAAUGGAGCUGCAACAGGUGUUGGAUUUCUAUUAAUCCUGUGUGAAGUUCAGAGAGACAGACGUCGUCUAUUUAUGUCCCCCUCUCUCUCUGAACUCUUCUCAGCAUGCACAUGGCGGAUGUUGUAAGGGUCCUGCAGCAUGAGGGGUUUUUCCUGGAAAACUUUGUGAUCAUUCUUCCACGUAAUUUCAGUCAUAAACUGAUGAUCGGCAUUCACUUAUGAUAUUUUAGUUUGAGCUUCAUGCAUGUAAGUGUGUAAUUUUUCAAGUUUAAAGGGUUGAGUACGGUGGCCCACAAGUCUAACUGAUCUGCAACAGAACGAAUGAUGUCUAUCAGGAGAGACAUGCUGCAAGUUCAGAAAUAAUGCACAUGCAAAAGUCUGAACUAAAUGAAACAGCAGAUCCCAAAAUAUGUUGGUGGAAUAUGGAAUAUGGUGGAAAUGUCAUCUAACAGCAUGUUGUGGAUUCACCUGAAGCUGUGCAUGUGAUGUUUUCAGAGCAGAGGCUUUAUAUAAAUCUCACCUGUUUUCUCUGCACAGCGUUCACACAACAAGCAUAAUGUGAAUCUGCGAGUGGGGUCAGUUUCCCACCAUUCAUAAAGUGUUUUUACACACACACACAGACACACACACUCCUGCAGUCAGAGCUGUUUACUUGAGCCGACUGACUCUAUCACUCACUUUCUCUCUCUUGCGGAGUCACAAGAUUUUCAUUUUCUGCUGGCUUAGCUCCUCACCUCCUCACACAGAUGAGUUUAUGUUUGCCGUCACAGAAACAAGCUGCUGUUUUCUGCUCUUCCUCUGGCUGCAGUUUCACAUCCACUCGAAGUAAAUGAGCGUUAAUAACACGGUUAUACAGCCAGAAACAGCUGUAUAAAGACAUUUACAACGCGGGAGACAGCUGUUCUACUUUUAGAUUUUAAAUCAGACGGAUGAAUUUUAGUGUGCACACAUGAAAAGCAUAAACAAGAAGAGCAUCAGUAAAUUUGUCAGCGGUUUUGUAUUAUGAUUAUAUAUGGUGACCUCUUUGCAUAGUACAGCUUUAACCUGCGUGUCAGUGGGGACAACUAUAGCAAAACUUGUUUCCAUGAAUGUUGGAGUUCAUAUUUAGUGUUAUGGCCUUAUUCUGAGAUAGGGCAAAAAACCCAAAAUUUAUCAAUACCGAAAUUUACGACAAUAACCAAUGUCAUUUUGCCCAUAUUGGUAUAUUCAGUGUCCAAAAAAUAAUUAAAUACAAGUUGGUUUUGGAUGUGUGUAGGUAGGCUAUGGUCUCAUGUCCCUUUAAGACGCUGUCCUACAUCAGAGAUGUGACUCCACCCCAUCCAGUCUGUAACAAAGAGGGGAAAGACAGUUGAGGAGAUGGAGGACGGUUCAAAAGUUGUAGCGGCUGCGGGGUGAGCAGCUUGUGGAGUAGUUAUCGUCCAUUUCUCGUUAUCGAGGUGAAUUGCUCAAUUUAUCGUGAUAUUGAUUUGAGGCCACAUUUCCCACUGUUCUGCGAGCUUCCUGCCCUUACACAACCAUAUAAGGAAUGCCAAAGUCGGAGGUAGAGAGAGCACUCCUCCCCUCUGUUUCAUUCACAUAUAAAAACAAAGGCAGGGAGAGCAGCAGUGAAGUCCCCAGUGUUUGGGGUCAUAUAUAUGGUUUCCAGUGUGCAUGGUACAGUUUACGUGUGCAUUUCAGCAAAACAGCAAAACAAAUUUUAAUGCAAUAAGUCAUGUGAUGAUGUUGGCUCUGAGUUGAGGAAAGCACACAUCUCUUCUUUUUCAUGCAUAAAUUGAAAAGCCAUGGCAGGGAGAGCAGCAGCAAAACUGCAAGCAUUUUUGGAUCAUGGUUAUUUAUGUUUUUUUCUUUGCAUGGUAAAACGUAUUUUUAUACAAUAAGUCAUGUUUUGAGGCAUGACUCUAUCCUGAAAGCUUCCUGCUUCUACAUGUGGUUGUGUGGGAUGUUAAAGUCUGAGGUGGGGAGAGCACACCUCUUCUCUAUUUCUAUGUUUGCAGGGAAAGCUACGGAAAGGAGAGCAGCAGCAAAUAUGCCUGGGGUUCAGAACAGGCUGAUCUGGCCUCAAACUUUUGUUUUUGAGUCUCUCUGAAAUCCUGGAUUCAUCCGUUUUAUGUCUCUUGUCGUUAAAUCUCUGUUUAAUUGUCUGGAAAACAACAUUUAGCUUUUCUUAUCUGAUUUUUUUGUGUUUGUGAAUAAUUUUAUCAUCCUCUUCACCACACCUCAAAUUUUUCCUCUACCUGAGUGAAUGAGUGUUUGUGAUGUCGAUUUUUGAUGGAUAUCUACCCUGCAGAGUCCUCAUUCCAGUGCAGGGAUUAUGUCUGAGUUAAAUCAUUAUAAGGAUGUUUUAGGCAUGACGAGGGAGUGAAAUAAUACUCGUGCUCUUCAAUGAUUUCAGGCAACCGGACAAACUGAGAGUGGUCUGGAUCAGGAGGAACAGACGGCACAGCACAAAGGUAAGAAGAGAAGAAGAAUGAGAGGAGGUUCAUGCAGGAUAACCCUGUUUGAAACAGCUAAAAUUCAGAUGACAGCUCAUUGAAUAUUCUUGUUUUAUUCCUGCCAUCACGCUGUGACAUGUAGAAGCUGAAAUAUCUUGUAACUGUCGGUACUUAAUCCUGCUCUGUUUUCCUUCAGCUCCACAGCUGGCAGCCGGGGAUUAAAAACCCGUACAGAGGUGUGGUGGUCUGGCAGGUUCCUGAGAGUUUAGACAUCACUGUCACUCUCUUUAAGGUCAGAAAUCCUCUCACAGAUUAUUGGAUUUGAAGAAAUGGAGCAGCAUGACUUCAAGCAUCAUCUCUGAAAUUUAUUUGUCCUUCAACAGGAACCAACAGCAGAGGAGUUUGAAGAUAAGGAGUGGACCUUUGUCAUUGAAAAUGUGAGUUUGCUGAUUCUGUUUUGCUAAGUGUGUUUGGACCGGUGAACCAAUGCAUGCCCACUGUGCAAAUAACACACUCCUGCAGCCCCUACCAGGAGAACUCAUGAGCCUGUGUUGAACCUAAAUGUUGAUUUUUUUGCAACCAUCAGGAGACUAAAGGUCGCAGGAAGGUUUUGGCUUCGGCCGACGUGAACAUGAAGAAGUUUGCGAGUGCGACGCCGGCUCAGUACGACCUCACCCUGAAACUCAAACCGCUUUCUGUCAAAGUGGUCGAGGCCACGCUGAAGCUCCACCUGUCCUGUGUGUUCCUCAAAGAGGGGAAAGCCACGUGAGUCAGCAAACUCAGAGACACGUUCAUGUAACUCAGAGAUGUUUCUACAGUGUGAUUAAAAAGAUUCUUUUCCACAGAGACGAGGACAUGCAGAGUUUGGCGAGUCUCAUGAGUAUAAAAAUGAGCGACAUCGGGAACUUGGACGACUUUAACGACAGCGAUGAAGAGGAAGGAGAGGAGAAGAGGCCGAGCUUUGGAAGUGGACAGACUUCUCAUGUUACAGGUAAGAGAGUGGUUAAGAAACCUACAUCACCUUUAUAGGAACAUUUCUGAUCAUCUCUAUGCUUCACAUCUACAACUGCACCACCUCUCUGUCUUUCUCUGUAUGUUUCCAAGAAGUCUGCUCUAAAUGAAGAACUCUCUGUUUAGUCCAGACUCCUUUCUGCCCUUCUCACCCUUUUUUUUCCCCUUGUUGACCUCUUUUAUUUUCACUGUUUCUUCCUCUUCCGUCUCCUUUUUAUAACUCACUUCUCUUUUCAUUUCAUCUCCAUAUCUGCUGUUCCUCUUUCUCUCCAUGUCAGCUUCUUCUACCACCAAACUGCAUGAUCUGGCCUGGAGGCCUGCAGUAGAUACAGGCCCCUCAGGUAACUCUCUGUCCCACCUUUACACUCCUCAUGUUCCCCCAGCAGAGACGUUGAAAUACACAGAGAUCAUGAUGCAGACUGACGUUUGUGUUAUUGUCUCUGUAAAUGUUCAGCCUGUGUUUGGUUUCCCUAUUUUAAACACAAAUCAGACUCUUUCACUUUUCAAAUGAUCUGCUCUUUCACCCCUUUCACUUCUGCUUUGUCCAUGUGCGGGUUUAAGAUAAGAUAAGAUUUUCCUUUAUUUGUCCCACAAGGGGAAAUUCCAAUUUUACAGCAGCGAUGAAUACAAAAGAGAAAUUAAGAAUGAAGAAACUUAGGAGUUAAAAGAUUUAUAUAUAGAAAUAUAUGAUGAUAUAUCACAGUUGAAAGGUUUGGGCGGAUUAUUAUGUCAGAAAAAUUUGGAUGUUGAGUAAAAUUAGGGUGACCAUACGUCCUCUUUUACACGGACAUGUCCUCUUUUGAGGGGGGCUGUCCGGCCUGUCCAGGGGGAGUUUAUAAAAUCCUCCAAAAGCCUGUUUUUUUUCACUGGCGGAAAACGGCUUCCAUAUUUUUGAGUUUGUGUAGUGUGUAUCUUCACAUCACAGACCAUUGUAUUUCCCACACACGUUCAGUGGUUCAUUUGGAAACACACUCCGAGAGGCGGAGUUCCACGCCAAACCCUGGAACAUUUAUCAUUAUAAAACAGUGCAGUGCAGUGCUCUCUGUUGCUCUCUCUGGUCCUGUGCUCAGUUCCAAGCAAAGCCACAGAAGAAACGCACACAUUCGCUGUCUGCCGGUGAGCAAAAGAAAAGGAGAAAUAUUUGUAUGCGACUGAUAAUUUUGUUGAGGAAAAAUGCUUUAGAUAAAUGAAUAUAUUAUUUAUAAACGCAACUUUGUUUAAGUAUUUUUCAGUAUCUCCAAGAGGCCUGGUUAAGUGUUUUUUUUUUUGGAGGGGGGGGGGGGGAAUUCAGAAUAUGUGUUUAACUGAGUUAGACGCACGUAAAAAACAUUCGGAAAAAAUGAUGAUAAAAACAGAUUUGAUGGUUCCCAAGUCAUUUUAAAACAGUAAUUGAUUAAACUAAGUGCAAAAUCAACAUUAUUACAUUAUGACAUUAUUACCUGUUCAGGUAUUCAGGACUGUGAUUCACAUCUCCCAACACUGCUUAAAUAUACUGAAAAACUUCAUUCCUACAUUUCCAGUUUCAUUUUCAUUCAACUUUCUCCACCUCCACUUACUCUAUCUUUCUUACCAUUCUUCUUCUUCUCUGUCCUCGUCACCCUCUUCAUCCAUUCCUCUCAUCCAGUAACCUCAGAGAUGGACUGGAAAACGUCCUCUGGUUUUCCCUCCUCCAUCUCGGUCCCAUCUCGUCCUCCUCCGUCUGACCCCUCUGCUCCCCCAGUCCAUCCACCUUUACGUUCACUCCCACCCAGCUCCGCCCAGCAGGCUCGGCCCUCCAUCUACGCCUACUCACUGCCCGCCUUCACCCGAGCUCACCCUCCUGCUCUCCCUAAAAUCUUCCAGCCAGGUGCUGGAUCAGGUAUUGAGCAACAGCAGAGUCUGGUGUCUCUGCAGGGUCAGAUUAUUGGUAAAGAUAAGUUAACUCCCUGCUGUACUGGCUCCAUGUUCACUUCCCAACACAUGCUCUACAAUUUGUUUGUCCGUGAGGCGUUGAGAUGUCCCUAUCUUUUUGUUUAUUCUUUUUUCACCACACCUUCCUCCUCCUGUUUUUCCUCCUCACAUAAGUUCUCUGUCGUCUCUUUAGCUCCUCGGAGGCCUCACAGCUUCCACUGUGACUCUUCUCCAGCUGAAGCUUCAGAGGCCACAGCUUUCUCCUCCUUCAUUCCUUCUUCUUCUUCUAAAGCGCUCUCCACCUCCUCUCUGUCCUCUGCACCCUCUGAUCCGUCUCUCCAUCCUCCCACUGUGUUUGAUUCCUCGCAGACAGGUAGGAUGAGCUAACAGGCUAAUGCUCCGUUUCUAGUUUUGAUGGAUGAGCCACCAGGCCUGUGUAUGAAAUUGGUAAAUCUUAACAUGACUCAGCAUUAGUCAGAUUAGUGUCUCAGCGUAAAUGUUUGAUCUAGAACAGAUUGUUAGCUGACCUUCAUACGGAGACACAAAUCCUCCUCAGAUCACCAACCAUGGAAGCUGAAGGUCAUUAUAGAGGACUGUUUUCCUCCUGCUUUUGCUCUCCAUACAGACUGUUUUUCCUGCAGACAAAUCUGCUAAUUUUGUUUGAUCUGUCCUGUUAGGGCCUCAAAUAAAAUACAAAGUAAGACAAUCAAUAAAAUAUGGAAGCCCGAAGCUUAGUUUUUAUUAAUUUUUUUACCCCCGUUUUCUGGAGAUCAUGAAAUAGUUUUUUUCGUAAUGAGUGGACUAGAAACAUUGGGCUGAUCACUUUACGUGUUGCAGGGUCUGCGGUCUCUGCCUGUCGCUACCUGAUCUGUCCCAGAAACCCGAUUUGUACUUGUUUGACAGCUUCAGCAUCAGCGACCUCGCUUCAGUCAGAAUGAAUGCUUCAGUUUAUCACCAGCUUUUCUCCUGAACAGAGUGUUUCCCCAGACUGAAUGGCGCCCAGUUUCACGAUUAAAGGUUCCUAUUACGUGUGAAAUUGCAACGUAGUAAUAAAAGGCUUGAAUGAAUGUGAAUAUUUCAUAGUUAAAAUUGAAACACUGUAUAAAAACGCAAAAAUUCAUUGUCCAUAAUGUGUAGGUUUUUUUGUUAAUUAAUUUAUAUUGAUAAAAUAAAUUAAAUAAAUCCCUCUUUGAUACUUUGAAAAGUCAGAGAACCCUGAUUUUUACCAGGUUGUGGCGCUCUCUUUUGCCUGGGAAGUGUGCACAAUGGGUAGCUACACACCUCCAGAGCAUCCCCCCUUGAUAUUUUAAAAAGUCAGAGAACUAUAAUUCGGACCGGGUACCUUGUACAGUGAUCAGCCCUAUGUUUGUAGUCCACUGCAAAAUUAAUUUGUGAUCUCAAGAAAACGAAGCCUCGUUUUCUUGAGAUCACUAGAAAAUUAUCUCGUGAUCUCGAGAAAACGUGGGUUAAAAAAAAAAAAAACAUGUCCACUUAGGGCUUCUGUAGUAAAAUGAAUCUGCACUGAAAAUAAACUCUCAGUGAAUAAUUUAACAAAAUCUUGAAUUCUGAAACAAACUCAGUUUGUUUCUUUUCUGCAGCUUCUUUUCCACCAUUUUCUUGUUUUUCUUUAUUCUUUCUGUCUUUUUCUCAGCCUGGAGUGUCCCCUCCUCUUCCUCUGUCUCCUCCUCAUCUUCAGCUCCUCUCAGCACCUUCCCUCUUAUACCUCCACCACCUCCUGCUCUCAGACCGCCUAAACCCCGUCCCUCCUCUAUGGGGGAGUCAGGCUCGGCCCUCACCCGUCCCACUAGCCUGCCAUCUGCACCCGAGACAGGUACCAGGUCAUAGGGAGGAGUUUGAUCCUAUCAGAUACUGCCUCAUACUCCUGUUCCUGCUCCCUCACCUAUGUCUCUCCCUCUCCCUCUUCUUCCUCCUCUCCCUCCCCCAGCCUCCUGGCAGAGUGAAUGGAGGCCUCCUAAAUCUCAGGCCCCAUUAGCCCAGCCAGGUCUCUCUCCAAAGUUUCUGCACCUCUCUGCCAGUGAACCUGUUGAGCCUGCAGUGCUGCAGAAAAAACAGAGAAUAGAGACGCCACAUGAUGCUGCCCCACCUGUUACCUGUAACUUUAACCUGAUACUCUCCUUUUAUUGAACCUUUGUCUUCACGCUGCUCUCCUCUGAGCUAAUCCUUCUGCUGCUUUGCCUGAGCUACCAUCUAAAUCCCAAACUCACAUUUUGAUUUAUCCUCACUGAUUCAGCAUUUUGAAGAGUUUGGCUUGUAUGAAGAAUUUCUCGGUUUGGCAGCUCCAAAGCAGUUUUCUGUAAAAUGGUGAUAAUGACAUAAGUGGAUGGUUUGGGAAUCAUUUAAAGCUCAUAUUUCAUUGAAUCAAGUACAGAGAAAUCUCUGUACAAAAGGGACAAGGACCAAAAUCAAGACUGGAUGGUCCUGAUCUUUAGUGGUAAUCACCAUCAGGGCUCAUCAGUGAAGGCGUCAUGAAUGCUGAACAAUAUCUACAGACUUAAGAGUAACAUAUGCUGCCAUCCAGACAGAGAUUUUUUCAGGGAAGACCUUCAUAUAUCAGUUGAGGACACAUGAUGAGAAACAUGAACCUGGAACUACUUUUCACAAUCAUGAUGCUCAUAUCAGAUUUAAAAUAAGCAGAUGGAUUUUCUUUUCAGUUUCAACUUCUGAUUUGUUGUAUUUUCAAACUCAAAUGAGCUUUAAAUGAUUUACAAACAUCUAAACAGCUGCUUCAAUCUUUCAGAAAACUCCCAGGACAAAAACACGAAUAAGUUAUUUUGCUUUUUGAAUUUAUUUGUAUCUUGUUCGUGUCACCUGCCACCUGCUCAGCUGCUCUUUGUUAGAUGAACUAACACCAAAACUUCCUGAUUUUGAGACCCCACCUUCACCUUCUUUCACUGUCCCCUCUCUGUCAGCCUCGUUCCCACUGUCCACUGCGCGGUCUGUGGAUCAGAAACCAGAAACAAGACCUGCAUUUGUUCCUUCUUGGAGACCCCAGGUUACCCCUGCAGUAGAGACCUCCUCUUUCUCUCCUUUAAGUCCUUAUUCUGCCCCUACUGUCUCUGGGCCUUCAGCUCCUCCUCUUCCUCCUUCUCAGCCUCAUAUUCCCCAAACUGCCUCAGCCCUCCCCUGUGAACCAGACACAGGUACAGGAUCCACAAAGAACCACAAUCUAAGGACAAACAUCAUCUUGCCAUUUAGUUUAACCUCUUGUAUUGUCUUCUUCUGUUUCAGAGUUCAAGAGACAGCUGAGCACGCUGAGUGAGGAGGACCACCAGAGUACAACACCAACGAGUGAGCGUCAAUAAAACAUCCAGAGCUGCCAAACAAAAUAGUCAAUUAUGUGCAACAAGCACACAGCUAACUUUAUAUAUCCUAUCUUUGUUUAGCCUCUGACCCCAGACCCCCUGCAGGCUGGAAGAUGGAGCCGUUCAGGGCCUCGGAGAGGAAAAAAGAGGCUCCGUUUGGAUUUGAAGUUGUCAAAGCGUCAGCAGGGUGAGUUAAAGGAAAUGUUUGACAUUUUUGAAGCCUUGGUGGUUUUUAGUGAUGGUUUGGCACGGCUGUAAAGAAAUAAUCCACACUAACGCUUUAUGAUACGGGUUGCUGUUGGUUUGUGGCGUGAAAUAGUAUAAAGUCACUUUAAAAACAAAGAAGAUGGAUGACAGGUGCUUCAUAGUUCAAAGACUUUUAUUAACAGUGACUGUGUGCUGGAGGCUUUUAUCUAAAUCACAGGUUUAAUAUGAGUACUAGACUGAGGUAGGCUUAAAAAAAAUGUGAUGUCAAAAGCCCACUUGAUGGUGGUGAAUUUUCCUGACUUAAACCUGCUGUGUUUGUUUCUGCUCACCCUAAAUCCAGGAAAAAGGUUAAAGUUGGGUUAAAGUUGGGCUAGUAUGUUUAUAAUCUUCCAUUAACUGGUUUGGCUUGUGUUAUCAACUUUGGCUUUGAAUCCUUCUUCCCACAAACUCUCAGUUUACAUAGUCUGGAAGGGAUUAAAAUAAAAGUUAGAUGUAGAACUCAGUUUCAUUUAAAAGUUUUGAUCUGCCAGAGUCAGCCAUAACAUAUGUAAACUCUCUCUUAAUGCAGGUGCACAUUAAAAGAAUCUCCAUCUUUGGCAUGUUGUUGCUCUCUGUGUUGCGGCUUCCUGAGCUUAUAAUCCUGUGUUUACUUUGUGGCAAUGCAGAAACUCGGGUUACCACAUUGCUUGUUGGGCUGUGAAUGGGACUGCCCAGCAUAUGAGACAAAAGAUGAUUUUUUAUUUUUACUUUGAAAGAAACUUCUGUAAACUUUUAUUGUUGUGCCUGAUGUGACAGUUUGGUUCACAAGGCUGUUGCUGCUUGGCGAAUCCUGGACUCUCCUCCAGUUGUGUUUGGCAAAAUGCUUGUUUGGUUGAUUGUCUUGAAUGGUGUCAGUCUACAUUUGUAUGGUAACUUUUUAAGUUCCAUGUUACAUUGCUUGUGUGCUGUAGAGCUUUAUUUGAAAAGUUUAUGGAUAUGGACUGCAUUAGGACCUGUGUCCACCAAGGCUUUUCUGGAACACCAAGCAGCCAUUGGGGUGCAAUAAGUUUCAGUCUUAAAGGCUUCGGUAGCAUCUGUUUGCCAGGACACAGACUAUUUGCAGAGGUGAGGGGUUGGAGAACUGACUCUUGUCCUUGUUCUGGACAAAAGAGCAAACAAAGUAAGGAAGGACCUGCCGGACUAUGACGAGGACUCAGGGAUGGGCACAUAAUUUGGUUUUGUUGUUUAGCAUGUGAUAAAAGGUACAUGCAAGGUGGUCUUAGUGGUGUUUGUCCCACCCCUUCAAGUCUUCAGCUCAGGUUGGCAGAGGUAAUGACAGAGGUAGGAGCAGAAUCAGUCCAAGGAAAGCCCAGAAGUGGGGUUCAGUUGCAGGGUAGUGUACAUAGAAGGCCUCCCCAAUGCAGAGAUGGAAAGGAUAAGCUGACCUCCCAAAAACAAACACUUUGGUGGACACACAGCCUAACUGCAGUGGAGACUGUCCUCGGGUCGUAACUGAUCUUCGUUUGUUUGCCCUCCAGACCUGAGAGCAUGGCCUCAAUUUUGCCCCAAAACCCUAAAACACCCUCAGCCCCAGGCCUUAAAUACUUUGAGAUGCCUAAAACACCAACGGAUCAGUCAGAAUCAAGGCCAUCGAGGACAUCCCCAAACAUCCGGGCCCCAGUCCCUCCCAGCACCUCCUCAGUUAAGUUGAACCCUGAUCUUCAAACCUCUACGUCAAAACCAAGAAGUCAUUUGUCCAAGAUGAACAUUCAGUUAGGAAACCAGUUUGCUCAACCAGAGCUUGAUCAACAUGAUCCAGUUUCUCCCACUGAACUCCAACCAACUUCCAGACCACUUCAGGGACCUUUGCUACACUCUCCUAAAACUUCUGCAAUCUCUGACUCCAAACCAAUUGCAAGGAUAGAAGUGGCCCAAAACAAGGAGCCUGUAACUUUGGAUAAUGGGUAAGUUUGGUGUGAUUAGUUAAAUCCCCACUCUGUGGUCUUGAAUGCUUUUAAGUUCAUAUCAGUAUUUAGACGGGAUACAAGAGUGGAUUUAUGAUGAUUAGAGGAGAUGUAUGCCGAGGUCAGACUACAUAUUACAAGCACAAUUACAGAUUACAUCCAGUGCACUUAAAUGGGUAAGACAGCUGAAUGGUUUUAUGUUUAAUCAAACUGCUCUGUGCUGACUGAUCAAUCUUGCUCUGGAAAAAUUAGACACCAUUCAUAUCUGCUUUGGAGGGCGGCUGCUUUCCAGAGCUGAGACAGAACAGAAACAUCUCAGCAGAGCCAAUGGAAGAGGGCACAUUGGCUUAAGUGAAAACCUUUUGGAGAUAGACCAAACACAGAUCUGAUGAAAUUUUGGGGUAACAGCCAAAAGGAUGGUGCAGUCUGACCUCGGCAUUGGACUUGAGUGUUUUUUGGUAAAAGUACUUGAGUCUUGUUGUUCUGACAUCAGUCUUUGGUUUACUUCUUCAGAGAUGAGAGCUCGGUUACCACAGUGCCAUCUUGUCCCAGAGAAGCUUUUCCUUCUUUUUCGUCAGUGGUUUCACAGAACAAAACUCCAGAUGAUCCAUGUACACAAAAACCCAACCUGAAUAUUUCACCACCGGAGAAGCCACAAGAAAACACUCAAGAAAUCUGCCUCACGGCUUCAAUACCUGAUAUUAUCUGUGGUACACCUGCUUCUGAAAAAGUCCCUCUAAAGUUGGACUCUGAUUUCAGGCCCCCUUCUGCACAGGAGGUUGUGUCUAACAAUUUAUCUGAAGAAACUGAAGAAUCUGAAAUUAAGAUUGAAUUAACUGCUAUGGAAGGCUGUGUUGUGCACACUGUGGACCAAGAACACUUUGUGGAGACAGAGAAAACUGGAAAUGUGGCUCAGUCUGUUGAUGAGAGACAAUUUGAUGAAAGAACCACUAAAGAACCAGUAUUAUCAAAACCUGCUGCCGGUAAAGAAGACAAGCCUGUGUUUGUAUCUAAGAUGAAAAUUGGUCAACUGUCUCCGAGAGGAAGAUCUGUGUCUCAUUUACCUUCCACUACAAAGCCUGAAAUUCAGGUUGAACAAGCGGUCAGAGAGCCAAGUAUGACUGAGUUUCUAUUAGAUUGUCCACAAUCCUCCAAGAUUCCUGGCUUUGCAUCACUGGAUCAAUCACAAUUUUUAGCCUGGCCUUCUAAGUGGAGUUUAUUGUUUCAGAAGCUACCGAGCCACAGGUUUCCUUUGCUCCUGUGUUCAGGUUAUGUUACUCACUUUUAUGUGGGUAGCGUUGGAACUGCAAAAAUGUUGGACUUAACUCCAUCCUGCCCCAGGGCUGCCACUAUUCCUGGAUUCCCAUCUGCUUUGAAACGUGUGUUUAAUAUGGCUAGCCUCUUACCCACAUGUUCCAGAGUUUGUAAAAUCCCUGGACUAGCUUCCUCUGAAUCAGUGACUGAAUAUGACCCAAGUGUUUGGGACAGAUGUUCUCUAUGGAAGAAACCCUUGCAGGUAAAAGACUUUGUUUUGGACGUGUCUUGUGUUGAGGAACAAGCUAUCAUUGAUCCAGAUAUUGUUAAAACUAUGGUGGCCAUGUUGCCAACAUGUUCAAGGAAAGUCAGGGUUCAAGGGUUUCCAUCUGUGCCACUGCAGGAGGCUUCAAGUACUCCACACAUGGCAAGUCUGCUACCCACAUGCCCCAAACAGACAGUGAUUGCAGGUAUGCCAAUGAAACAGGUGGUUAAAGCCCAUCAUGACAACUGGCAUUUUGUAGGUGAAUCAGUUUUAGGAAGAAAGUCAUAUCAAGACAAGAAACAUUAUGGACAUGUGCUGGAUAUGACAGCAUCUUGUCCUUGGAAAACAACAGUUCGUAGUUUGACCUCUGAAAGAGAGGUGCUCCAUUCAGUAGCAAUGUCACCCUCUUGUCCUGUGAGUACUUGCCUUUGGGGGAUUCCCACAAAACCCAGGAAGCUGUUACCCAGCAUUGUUAGUCUCAUGCCUAUGUGUCCUAAACAGACCCAAACACCCGGCAUGCCAUCCAUUAACCAAGAUAGUCCACAGAGCAAAGAUUGGCUCACCUUGGGAAGAUUCAUGAGCAAGAAACCAGAAAAAGAAAAUAAAGCUUACAUUGUUGAGUGUUUACUGAAUAAUGCAGAAAUCCUUAAUGAUACUGUAGAUAUGUUGAGGAGCUGCCCACAAGAAGCCAAAGUUUUUGGCAUCCCCUCUGCCCCCCGACGAGAGCCCAGUAUGGUAAACAUAGUUCCCUCCUGCCCUCUGUAUACCAGGGUCUCUGGCUUACCUUCAAAGACUGAACAGAGACCUGGUAACGAAUGGUAUGACUGUAGAAGUUUGCAUUGGGAGCGACCAUUUAUUAGACAGGGAGUUGGAGCGUUAAAUAUGAUGCCAUCAUUUGAUAGAAAUACUGCUGAAAUGAUGAGUGAAAUAUCACCAUCUUGCCCUGACAUUGCUCUUGUGCCUGGGUUCCCCUCUUUUUUGACCACCCCAUUAAUGAUGGAUGUAUUGCAAAGUUGUACCAAAGAAUCAAGAGCUCCUGGGGCUCCACUGAGACACAUGACCAUGCUGCCCUACUGCCCCCACACUGCAUGUAUACAGGGCUUUCCUUCAGAACCAUACCAGAGACCAGAAGAUAUGUCAAGUAUGAUCAAUUUGCUGCCGACUUGUGCAGAACAUUCCAGGGUUCGUGGAAUACCCUCUAGAUCACACAUUGUGUCUAAAGAAGCAGACUGGAUUAAGGGUGAUUUGAAAGUAGAGGAAAGGUGGCCAAGAAACCCAGGAAAACAACCAGUGGUCUUUGGGCUGAUGAAGAUGUAUUUACGAGAAAAGGCAGUGGUUAGAAUUAUGAUUUCAAUGUUGCCGCCAUGUCCCAAACAGUCUCAUAUUCCUGGAAUUCCCUCAAAGAUAAGACAGAAACCAGUGAAGGUUUUGUUGAAAGAGGUGCCCAACAUGUUGAAAUCAUUCGCUACUUUCCCAAAACACAGUAAAAUUCCAGGUCUGCCAGCGAGGAAUAUUGUAAAAGAUGAUCAUGGCUGGAAUUUGGAUGUGAAUGAAAUCUGGAAAAAGUCAAUCUACAGAGAGCAUAUAGACAUUCAUCAAGGUUUCAUAGUGCAGGGGAUGUCAUAUGUAGAGAAACAAAUAAUGUUAAGUAUGCUUCCAUCAUGUCCAAGACAAGCCUUGAACCCGGGAUUUCCAUCUGCUCCACGACCCCAAGAUGUUGAUUCCCUUAAGGCAAAAAAUCCCAUUAUGACAGAGUUGGUGCUGUGUUGCCCACAACAAUCAAAUAUUAUUGGUUUGCCAUCAAGAGUGAGGUUUGAUUCUGGUUCUCAAGAAGAGGGCUGGCCAUUGGCUAAGCAUGGUUCUCUUCAGAAAAAUAGAAUGAAGGCUAUUGAUUCUCUUAAAUGGCUUUGCCAAAACAUUUAUUUAAGCCCUAGCCUCACUUCUGAUGUACAUGGGCUUGCAAAUAUGAUAAAUAUUGUACCAUCUUGCCCAAAGAAAACUUCUGUUCAUGGGGCUCCAUCAUUACACCAUUCUGGACAGAUCUUGUCAGACAAAGCACAUCUGUCACCUGGAGAGAAAACUGUUGGCAAGGAAAGAGAAAAUCUGACCAAUCAACAGUUGUCUAUUGAAAGCAAUGCUUUCGGUGCGGAGGCUGCAAGAGAGAAGUCUGUAGAAUUUAUAAUCCCAAGCCAAGGUGUGCAAGAAGAUGCACAUGAAAGAAGAACAAUUAAAUCAGGAACUGGUCAGGCAGAGGCUUUUGCUAAAGGGUUACCAUCUCCAGACACAAAAGGACAAGAGGACCAACUGUCCUCAAGAGCUGUCAAGAUUAAGAUGGUUUUAGAUAAAGCUAGUCCAACCAGGUUCCAUCAUGAUUUAAGGAAAGUAACAACUGAUGUAUGUUUACCUUUGGAGAUGCCUAAGCAAGUCUUGCGGACACCAACUGAAGUAGCAGAAAUAGCAAAAGGGUGAGUGGGCUGUGGAGUUUUAGAUUGAGCCUCCACUGCAGUGUUAGCUAAAAGGGUUUUGAAAGAUCUGCUUUUACUCUGUUUCCAGGUACUUGCAAUGCCAAAUGUGGCACUCCGGUCCUGACAUGCCAAUAAUCUUGAGUGUUAGGAAGAGGUGGGUUGCCUUGGUUUGCAAACUGAUGCAUUUCCAAACAAUGCAUUUGCUUAUUUCCAGCACCUUUUGACUGACUAAUUAAUGGCAUCAUUUGCAUUUAUUGUGUGAGUCCUACUUGGUUUUGCCCAGAGAUGUAUGAGGUUGGCCAAAUACUAUGCAUUUCAUGUGCCUGGACUUUGCCUCUGCCCCUUGAGCAAUUAUGAUUACCCAAAAUUAUAGUCAGUAAUGUAUGAGGAGGGCUAAGCUAUUGGCAUAUAGGCAGGCUUCUGUUGUUCCUGUGGAGGAUCAUCAUCUCACAACCUCUGAAUAGUUGAACUGGACUUCAAUGGACUAAGUCAAUGGACUAAUGUGUUUUCUUUAGUUUGUGCAAAGACAAGACAGGUAAAGGGUUAUUUAGAUACUCUGAGAGCAGGGAAGUGACAGUAAUACCUGGCUUCUGUAUUUGUCAGCCUGAUACAAGGGUUCUGUGGUGUGUUGCAUGGUUUUACUAGUUAUGUCCUUUUCAGGUGGUGUGAUUUCUUGUUCAUAGUUGAAGUUUAGUGCUAAUGUUACUGAGUAAACAACAGCAGAGUACAAAUACAUGUCAGCCAAGAAAUACAAAUUGUACAAAUCAGGUCAAAUAUUAAUAUGGAACAGUAAUAUAAUGAAGCAAAGCGUUGUGUGAGGACAACACAAACUCCAAUCAUAAAGGUAAAAUAAUAAAAUUUUUUCAUUUUGAGGUUUUAACUUUAAAAGAUUGCGUCGACGUGGCCAGUUGUGUUCAGACAUUUAGCUUUUUUGGUAAAUAAUUGCACAACUGAGUACAGUUGUCGACUUGGCCAGCAGUGUUUAGGCAUUUAGCUUUUUCUUUUUGGCAAUUUAUUGCACAACUGAAUACAGGAGGAAUAUAUUUGGAAAGAAAUCUUUCUAACCAAGUAACAGUUCUCGUUUUGCAGCACUGACGAUUUUGGCAUCAGUUGUAGGGUCAUCUGAGGCAAAUGAUACAGCAUGAUGUUUUGUCUGUAGGAAUGCACCUUUAAGCAUUUAACUGACUGGAGUACAUUUGAUGUGAAAGGUCUUGUUGAAUUUGCACGUGUUUCUAUUACAUUGCAUGUGGUAUUCUUAUUGUAAAGCACUCAUUAACUGUCCUACUGGCUGAGAGACAGCGUGCUUUGUUCUGGACUGUGGUGCAAGUGGGGGAUUGCAGUGGUCAUUUGGGAAUUUAAAAAUCAAAGACUUUGUCUGAAAUCUCCCUUCAAUAACCACUGAGUAUAACUUUGUAUGUACCUCUUUUUAGAGAUGAAAAAAUGGUCUCACUGCAGCCAUCAAUCCCAGAUGUUCCUGGGGCAGCAUCAGAAGUACUUGCCCUCAACGAAAUAUCUGACACUGAGCAGCAGCUGCAAAAAUACCCUACUAUACUAUGGGAGGAGCUACCAAAGGUGACUCCUGUAAAAUGCCCUUCAGACAAGAGCAUUCAGUGGGAGGAGCUUCCAAAGGUGAUUCCAUCGAGAAAGGAGGAAAUGAAGACAGAGCCAGAAACUGGAAUGACAAAUCUGUUGCCAGUGUGCCUGACAGCUACUGACACAACUGAAUUCAUAUCUUUGAGCAAGCAAACUUAUGAAUGCCCAACAUUCAUGGACAGUGUGUCAGCUUUGGAGAAGCCAUUAAAUGACAAUGAAGUUGCAGGUGUUCCUCAUUUGAAGGAAUACACAGAUCUUGUAGAACAAACGGCGGCUAAAAAGUCAUCUCCUCUGGGUCAACAGUCUUUACCAUCUGAUGCAGAGCCUGCUUUCAAACAGCCCUCUCUCUUGGGUAUCUGUCCCAGUGUAACAAACAUUCCUGGUAUGUGCUCCAUGUCACCGGCAAAAGAUGAGAUGGGACUUCUCAUGGAUCCAAAGCUGAUCUGUGAGAAACAGUCAAAAAAGAAGGACAUAUUACAGCACUGUGUGUCAGAGGAAGAUCGACAGCACAAGAAGGAAAUGUUUUUACUGGCACCAUCUUGUCCAAGUGGGGCAAGAAACCCAGGAUUUCCAUCAAUACUUCAAAACAGACAAAGACUUUACGGACAAAAUAUGUUGGAUAUGAGUCCUUGUUGCCCAAGUGUAUCUCUUACACCAGGUUCACCAUCUAUCUGUGAAUCCGGUAUCAGAUCAUGGGUACCACCACAAGAACCACUUUUGAAGAAAAUGCUGAGCCAAUUUGCUGUUAUGGCAAACACACCAAAGGACAAGGAAGACAAUAAACCAAUGAGGGCUUUGGUAGGGACUUGCCCAAAACAUUCAAGCAUAACAGGCAUCCCCUCAAUCCCUCAACCUCCUUUAAUGCUUCCUGAAUCAGAUCUUUUAAGCCUUACCCCUAAAACCUCUCUAUCUCGACCCAAAACAAUGGUAGAUAUGGUCAGUCUUCUAAGCCUCUGCUCAAAAAUGUCACAGAUACCAGGAUUUCUAUCAUCUCAUAGCUCAAAGGAGUGGAGAGUCAACAGGGAGCCACUUUCUGAUCUAAGAAUACAGGCAAGGCAGGCAUCAGUGAACAGCAGAUGUCAGAAAGAUCAGGGAGCAGCAAAAGCAAUGGUGUCCCUUGUACCAUCUUGUCCAAAAGAAGCACAGACACCAGGUUUUCCUUCUUGUCCAAACCCUAUAACUGUUCAUUUUGCACCAAAUAUCAUCAGCCUUUCCACAUUAUGCUCCCAAGUUUCCCAAAUAUCAGGAUUCCCUUCAGUUAAAGGGGAUGUGAGUCUUGGUUGGAUUACAGAAAAGGAUUCAUUGCUAAAAAAGACACCAAAGACAGGGAUUAUGUUUGACACAACAAACUACAACAAAAGGUUAAUGAAGACAAUGGUUUCCCUUGUACCAUCAUGUCCUAGAGUUUCAUGUACUCCUGGUUUCCCAUCCAUUCCAAAUCCUAUAACUGUUCAUUUUGCACCAAAUAUCAUCAGCCUUUCCGCAUUAUGCUCCCAAGUUUCCCAAAUAUCAGGAUUCCCUUCAGUUAAAGGGGAUGUGAGUCUUGGUUGGAUUACAGAAAAGGAUUCAUUGCUAAAAAAGACACCAAAGACAGGGAUUAUGUUUGACACAACAAACUACAACAAAAGGUUAAUGAAGACAAUGGUUUCCCUUGUACCAUCAUGUCCUAGAGUUUCAUGUACUCCUGGUUUCCCAUCCAUUCCAAAUCCUAAAUCAAUUUAUUACGGCCAUAAUGUUGUCACCCUCCGUCCUUUGUGCCCUGUGGUUUCAGACAUCCCUGGGUUCUCUACUGUUGAAGGGAGAGAUAAUGCAGGAUGGUCAAUUGAAUUGGUUUCAUUGAUGCACAAACCACAAACGCACAUUCAGUGCAGUAUUUACAGUUGGUCAACAAGCAAAGACAUACCACACGAUAUGUUUGCUUUGGUUCCUGCUUGUCCAAGAACAUCCCAAAUUUCAGGCUUCCCAUCUGCCCCUAGAUACAGCAUGCUGAGUCUUGCACCUGUUUGUCCUAAAGUAUCCAGUUUUUCUGGAUUUUCAUCAUCUGAAGGGGUCCCAAAGUUCCCAUGGCUGUUUGAUCCACAAAUUUUGGGUGAUAGGCCAUUGAAGGGGACCGAUUUUGUGGUUCACAGUCUCAAUCAAGAGGAGACAACUGCAAAGAUGAUGUUGAUGCUUGCUCCAACUUGCCCAGAAGCUUCCAGUAUCCCUGGGUUUCCUUCUGCACCUCAAACAAAAUCCAAGAGAGAACCUAUAAUGACAAGUUUUGUACAAUUAUGCUCCAGUGCUUCAAGAAUCCAUGGGUUUGCAUCCAUGACAACAAUGCCAAUCUGGUUGCAAGAUGAAAAGAAAACAAUUUUGAUGAGGCAUCAAGUGAAAAGGGCAAAAAUGUUUGCAGCACAUGCUGGACAAGACCAGCUUUACCACUUCAACCUGAAAAGCAUGGUGACCUUAGUUACAUCCUGCCCAAAAGAGGCCAGAGUACAAGGCUUUCCCUCUGCACCAGUUUUAAACAAACCACCAAACAUGAUCAACUCAUACACAACUGUACCGUGUGUUUCAUGCACUCCAGGAUUUCCAUCAGCACGAAUGCUAAGCUAUGAAAUUCAUAAUGCACAGCCAAAGACAACACAAAACAGGUCCCUGUCAGAGAGACUGCAUGAGAAAAUUUCCCUUCUUGCAGUCAUUGAUGCAAAACAUGUGUUAGCACAGGGUGAAAUGAAGAACAUGGCAGCAUUUGCUCCAUCAUGUCCACGGUUGGCUGCAAGUCCCGGGUUCCCCAGUAUUUCACAAGUGAGCCCAACUAAGAGAGAAACAUUCUUGCCUUCUACUGAGGAGCAGGCAUUGCAAGAACCGCCUCAUGCAAAGUCACCUCCACCAAAUCUUGAAGACCCAAGAGAUCAUACCCCACUCACACACAGCGAGACACUUGCAUAUGGUGAGACAGAGUUAAGAUCGAGACCGUCUGUUUCUGUUUGUGUUGUUUCUGUUUGUGUAUCUUACCUUAUUUGCUUUCAUGACAGAGGACAAAUUCUCAGAUGAAGCAAAGCCAAUCAUAGACCUAUGUGUAGAGGGGUAAGUGGAAGAGCCCGGUGCUCUUGCAUUGGUGUGACAGUGGUCAGUUUAGUGCUUGCCUAACAGUAACUUCAUAACUUGAAAACACAUCACACUGCAAAUUUCUGUGUCUGUGCAAAGGCUGUUCAUUCCAUUUUUGAUUGUUUUGCUGCAUGAAUGUUUGGGGUAUAAGUAAAACCCUUUACAUUUGGGUUUUCAGCAAACCUAAAACAGAGCGAAGAGCUACAGAAGAAGCUCAAAAACAGAAGAAACCGCUACCUACCCCAGAACCAAUAGGUGUCUUGGGUUGGGAAGUAUUGGAAACAGAGGGAACAGUUACAGGGAAACAGGCGUCCUCUUUGCCAGCUAAAGAAGAGGACACCUCAGGAUUAGUAAAGGCUAUUGUGGGCGUUUUCCACAAAGGGUAAGUGUAAAAGCAAACAAAGUGGAGCAUGCAGCAGUAUGUAGUGAUCAUUAAAGUCUGUUAAUCAGGGUUGGCUUCACCAUUUUCCACCUCAUUCCAUUUUUGAUGUGUCUUAAUUUGAUAUCAAGUAAAAACUGGACCUCAUUUGCAUGGGGAUCUAUUUUAUGCCAUCUAAUAGUCACUUGUUUCCUCAAUCUUCAUUAAAACCAUUGUUUCUGCAUGGUUUCAUGUUUCACAGUUAUGAAACAGUAGCAUCCAUUUUGGGGCCAUCUACCUCUAUCGUAGCCAAAGUGGAUAACCAGGCUGUCCCUGCAGUUGAUCUAAAAGAUGAGAUGCAGACUCCUUCAGAUGAGUUUCCUCCACCCUGCACGGACAACCCUCCAACCUCUUCACCCAAAGAGGAAACAGAGUCCGAGUUUGAAGGUGUUCACAUCACUGAAUAUCCAACAAGUGUGGAGCCAUACAUGCUGGACUUGACAGGUGAUCGAUCAGCAUCUCCAUCACCAUCUUCCAAUAGUGAUGAUGGGUAUUUGGUUUGUACAAGCAUGAAGAAAUGGCCACCCCUGACAGAAGCGGAUAUCACUGAGAUUUCAAAGGAUGAUGGUGAACAACUGGAGGAACAAGAGGUCGAUCAUGGUCAAUGGCAAACUAAAGAGAAUUUACUCCCAGAGCAGGAAUCUGUGCAGGAAUCAGGGUACAUGGAAAGUUUGUUAGCAAGGCACCAGGCUGAGACAGAACAAGGUGAAGUUCAGGUGACAAAGUCUCUGCAGCUGGAUGAAGGGUGAGUGUUAGCGUGCAUUGACCCUGUGUUUGGUUGCAUGGUAAUGCAGUGUACACAUCUUGCAGUUUUUGGUAAUAACACAGUCUGUUGAGUUGCUUUUGACCGUUACUACUCUGGAACUGCUGCAAGGUUCCAGGAUGUGAUUUUAUCAAUGUUACAACCUGUGGUUGGUGUAUCUUUGAUGAGCUGCUUUGGCAUUUUUGUGAGUCUGCUUAAGACGACAUAAUGGACAUUUUUAUUUUGGAUGUGCAAGAACGGGGUUUGGCUGUGCAGAUUAAUAGCCGGUUGGAGAUUGAGGUGCAUGGUAUAACUCUGUGACGAACCAAAAUCCUGAAGCUUGUCCUUUUUUUUCCUCAAGCCCCCAACAAACGUGCAUUCAAGAAAUAGUUGCCAUAUCCCUGCAGCCCACGUCAGACGAGUCACUGGCAGAUGAAAGUGCAUGUCAAGAGACACUCAUGGAGAAACCUGUAGACUUGAGGGACAUUACUCCAGUUGAACCACAAGCUGACAUUGCUGUCCCAAAACGAGGUAGAAGACCAAAGAGGACAGUCCCUGAACCUCAACAGAAAGUCAGUGAUCAAGAGAAACAAACUAUUCCAUUACGACCACUCCGUAGGAAGGACAGUUUAACACCUGACCGCAAACAAAGCACUGAUGGUCUCGCGGUCAAGAAAACUCCUAAAGUUACUCCAUUAGAGUCUGAAAGUAAAGAUGCACCUGUUGAAAUAAUUCCUGCACUGACAGCCACAGUCACAUCCUGCAGUAUAAAGAAAGAAGACAGUACAAUUCCUCUCCAAAAUGGUUCUUUCCAGGAUAGCGUUGGUGCUUUAGUAACGUCAGAAAAAGGUGACCGCAGACAAAAAGCAGAUACUGAAUCUGUGAGUAUAUCCACUGAAGUUGUCCCUCUGCCUCCUCUGAGAAGAAGAGAUGGUAGCUUGCCUCCUGAUUCAAAACAGCAAACUGCUCCAUGCAAGCCUCUGAGGAGAAAAGGUGCAGCUAGCACAGAUUUAUCUAUUUCCAAAGCAACAGAGCAACAAGAUUUUAACACCCAAAUGAUUUCCACUCUUCAAACUCCUGAUCCUGAACCUCCUGAACUUCAAAAAGUCAAUGAUAUUCCUCCAGAAGGUCAUGUUGAAAUAAAGGAACAGACAAUGACAGAUUUUUCCAAGGCAGACACAGAUUUGGCUGGCUCAGUGGACACUGAAAAAAGACCUUGUCCCCCAGAGAGUGCCUCUGUCCAAGCAUCUCUGGACUUCCAUCCUUCUUUAGAAACAAAAGAAGUGGAGAGCGCUGCCCCAGAGCCAGAAUCUGAGAUCUUUCCUGUUGAGGAAACUACGUAUCUCUCAAUCAUUAAGAAGAUCCGUCUUCCACAACGAGGAAAGAGAUUGCCUUCACAAAAGUCUGCUAAAACUUACUCUGAAGUAGAAAAUAUUGAGCCAACUUUAAAGGUUACAAAUGAGGAGUCUGUAAAACCAGCCCAGCCUGACAACACCAAUGUGGGUCAUAAAGAUGACUUAAAGCAGACAAUCACAUCAGAUGAGAUAUCUGUCGAUAUAAUCGUUACAUCUUCUCAGGAAUCUGAGGACGCAGAGAGGAACAAAGAAACAACUCUUUGUGUCCCAAAACCUCGUGUCAAAAAACGUCUCAGUGGCUCUUUUCCAGAUAAUUUCCAGGUCACAGAAAGCAGGUCUCAGGUUUCCCAUGAAGAAAGUGGUCCUUUGUCCUUUCACUCAACAAGUCCUCCAGAUGAACCCUCCACAUCUCCUGAAGAAGCACCUCCAGUAAAGCUGAGAAGCAAAAAGACUAUUGAGAUGAGUGGGGGAGCAAAAGAAGGGGAUAUUCUGGAGCGGACACAAGAAGCUUCAAGCCUUCCGGUACCAAAACCUCGAGUAAAGAAACGCCUGAGCGGUUCAUUCCCAGAUGACGUUAUGGUUUCUGGAUCACCACCAUCCGGCCUAUCAGACAGAGCAACUGGCAAUAUUUGCCACGAGUCUGUGCAACACAAUGAACAGUUAGGGUUGCUUAUGCCAUUGCCUCGAAUGAAGAAACGUCUCAGUGCAACUUAUUCAGACAGCAUGCCACCUGUCGAGAGUUUCUCCUCCCCAGAAAUGGAAUCAUCUCAGAAGAGCCAAGAGGAAACAUCAGUCAGAGACACAAAAGAGGGAUCAACAUCUCUGGACUCAAGCGUGAUCUCUGUGGGAGAUUUUGCCCACGGAGAGGAUGAUGCUGCGUCAGAGUUGGAGCGGGAAGUUUUAGCGGCCAUGAGUGAAGAUGAUUAUCCCCGUGCAGAUUCUUCAGAAGAUACUGCAAAGGCGCUGGAUGAACUCAUGGAAGGCUGGACCUUCACAGAUAAACCUGCUGCAAAAGAGGAGCUUGAAGAAGCUGUUGAGAUGAUGUCUCAGCAGCCUGACAUGGAGAAAAUCCUGGGAGCAGAGGUUGAUAGGUCCUUUGCUUCUACUGGUGCAUCUUCUCCAGAAGACUGGUUACACGUAGAGGAGGAGAAAGAAGGUGAACGGAUGGAAACAAACUCAAAGAAGGAAUCUAAAGAAGAAGAGUUGGACUUUGGCUUUGUGUCAGUAGAUGUAACUGCUGGUUGCUUAGAGGAACAACAAAGGUAAGGUUGGUCAGAUCACAAUAGGGUAUUGGCUUGUGUUCAUAACUGUGAUAAGUGUGUGUUUUACAUCAUCAUAUCUUUACAAAAUAAAAGUCCCAUCUCAUGGUUUUUCUAACUAUUUCACCAGGACCGACUGGUUUGUCAAACUGGUUCGCGAUAAAGCUGUUUCCAGAAACUUUGGAGUUUGUCACCAACUCAGUUCGUAUUGCUGUGCUUUUCUAGGAAAGGAGCGAGAGCAGACGGAUCACCGAGUAAACCUGGAGGCCUCUCCCAAACAACUGAACCAACAACACCCCAGAGAAGACCUGCAGACGAGGCUGCUUCUUCAGAAGUAUGUAAAAUGGGCUUUUUUUAUUGUAGGUGUGUCCUGAUCAAAGGUUUCAACCAGUAGCAGAGAACUAAUGUGCAAGGAUGGACGGAUAGAUACAACACAACACAAAAGCUUUUUAGUUACUUAUGAUGAAUACAGUAAAAGGGGUAUAUAGUAGUUUAUGGUAUUGGUGUGUUUCUGUGGGUUGGGCUCUAUCCUUGGUUUUACACCUAUGGAUAGGGCGCAACUCUGUGACUCCGCCCCCGCAUGGUCGUGUCCUCUUUUUGUGGAUUCAGGAUAUGGUCAAACUACCUACGGAGCUCAACAGGGUGCAGGAAGGUUGAAGUUUGAUAACAGCUGAAAGACCAAAUAAAGAGAGAGCCACAGGCUGCAGAGAGGUUUAACUGUGAACCUCUGAUCACUGAAAUGUUAUUUGAGUUUUGUAAUUAUCAUUUCAAUUAGUAUGUUGUUAAUAGGGGUGUUACUAUUUACACAGUAGGCUGCAGCCUUUCAGCUGAGAUAGACCAGACUUAAGCCAGCACAUUGAACUCUCUCCUCCCACUUUUCCAUGUAACAUGCGAGUCACUGUAUGAGUAAUUCCAAUUCAUGCACUGUUGUUAAAGCCGCUGAAACGAUCUUUUCUGCACUGUGGGAACAAAGUUAGGGCUGCAUGGUUACCUGCUGAGGGUAAACUAGUCCAGAACUUAACUUGUGGUCUAACACAGACACUUUAUAUUCCUUUUAGAUAGCAAUGCACCAUCUUUGUAUCUGCCCGCACCUCUUUUUAAGAUGCAGAUGCCCUUGUGUGUUAAUGUGCUCAUCUUUUUCGUGUCCUCCAGAACGUUUCAGCGAGUCCGAGCUUGGUGACAUCCAGCCACUCUCUGCUGCAGUGGUGUCAGGAGGUCACACAGGGUCACAAAGGAGUGAAAAUCACCAACUUUAGCACUUCCUGGAGGAACGGCUAUGCCUUCUGUGCCAUCUUACAUCAUUUCCACCCUGAGAUGGUGUAAGAAACUGUUAAACUCAGAUAGUAUAUCACUGUACUCCUCUUCUCCAUGUUUAUGUUUUCUCUUUCUUCUUUGUGCAGUAACUAUGAAAUGCUGGACCCGUACGACAUCAAAACUAACAACAGAAAGGUGAAGAAUAAUAACUUGUCCAAGUUUUAUUUUGAUUGUUCUGGUGUCUCAGUAAAUGCUAAAAGGUGCACAGAGUUGAAACAUUGCCCUGACAUAUUUCUUUAUCCUGCAGCAGGUAAAUAUAAUAACUGCUAGAGUGUAGUAUGAUCCAGAAACUCAGUACUGAAACUUUUUGGCAAAUAAAAUAAUAUGAAAAUAAGGCAGAUUGGAAAGGCUGCACCUUUAAUGUGAACAUAUUGUCUGUGCUGGUUCAUAGUUCUUCCUCUGAAUCAUCCAUCUCUUUUUCUCUGCAGGCCUUUGAUGGUUUUGCUGAACUUGGUAUUUCCCGUCUGAUCGAGCCGUCAGACAUGGUGAUGCUCGCCGUGCCCGACCGCCUCAUCGUCAUGACCUACCUCAACCAGAUCCGCACACAUUUCACCGGCCAGGAGCUCAGCGUGCUGCACAUAGACAAGGACAGCAGCGAGUCCAGCUACGCUGUUGCAGGAGACCGGGAGACCCCAGAAGACCCUGAGGCGACUGUGCGCUACUGCACCCAGAGGCUGCAGGAGGAGGGCAUCAGUCUGGAGACAAAUGGGACAUCCGUCUCUGCAGAGGAGAGUAAACCCGGCACUGACGUGGUUCCUCCUCCUAGAACCAAACGUCUGCAGGGUGCAGGAGCAGGGGCAGGGGGGACUCAGUUACCGGUGGCACCACCAAGGACUCAUUUCAUGUCCAAGUCAGGUUUCUCUCACGUCAAAGAUGCCGAUCUAGUGAAGAAGAGGAGGUCACAGAGGAGAAGUGCUUCGCUGGAGGAAGGAGAUAUAUCCAUGGUACCAUCCCUUUAUAAUUUUUAAUCUUCAAUCUUUAUUUCUUUAACACUUUUUUCCGCGUUUGCUGUGACAUAUGAAAAACUCUUUUACCUACAGGUCGUUUCAGGGACAGAAGAGGGUGAGAUCACAAGGAGGAAGUCAGAAACGGGUGAGUCUGAAACACUUCCUGAAACAGUCUCUUCACUGACAUUCACCUUUUUAGGGGUCAAAGAAGCAAAGAACACUCACUGCCACUGCACUUUGUUGUGAAUUCUCUGCUAAUAAACUGACUAAACAGAGUUAAAGAUUGAGGAAUAAUGAAAACUUUAUUUUACUAUACAAGAGUUUUCUCCCCUGUUGAAAAUAAAGUUAGCGGCUGUUUUUCAUUAGUUAAAAUCACUGUGUUCAAUCUCGCCCUCCAGAAGCUGUGGUUGAGGAGGGACGUCCAGAAGGCCAGGUCAGUGAUCAGACUCCAUUUCUUGAAUCUCAGGUGUGAUAUGUUGCAUUAUUUGUGGGUUAAUGAGUGUUAUAUAUGCAGGAUGUCAGUCAGUAUGUGCUGAAUCAGAUGGAAGCUCUGGAGGCCGAACAAAACCACAUCGAUAACAGAGCCGGAGUGGUGGAGAGGAAACUCAGACAGCUGCUGGAAACAGGUGAGGCUCUCAGAAACCAGGUUUAGAUCGAUGAAAGUACAGCACGCUGUGAAGCCCAUGUUAUCUGCUGUGAUAGAUAGACUUGAACUGAAGCUGCUGAUCACACUGAUGUGAUUUCAUACUGCAGGCAGCGAUAAGGUGGAGGAGGAGCGUCUGAUCCAGGAGUGGUUCAUGCUGGUCAACAAGAAGAACGCUUUAAUCAGGAGACAGGACCACCUUCAGCUGCUGUGAGGCCACACAAACACUCACAGACUCCUCAGCAUUAAGAAUCUGUUUCUGAGUUGAUCAUGUCUUCUAUAAGAAGAGUGGACGCUCAGGCGAUUACUGAGUUUAGUUUUUUAGGGGAAAGUGUUUUCUUAACUUCUGAACCAUCUCCUGAUUUAAACUGAACUUUGGCUGAAUCAAACGUCCCCGUGUCCCUCCAACUCUCAUCUGUGAGCUCAGAUGAGAGUUGGAGGUUUUGGAGGAAUUAUUCUGCAGGAUUUCCAAACAGAAGCUUUGCUAAAAGAAUGCAAAUAAACUAAAUUUGGAUCCUUUUAUUGACUCGCGUUUAGCUGCUUCUCCUCCAUCUGACUCCAGUCUGAAGCAUCUCUCUGCUGUUUUACAGGCUGGAGGAGCAGGACCUGGAGAGAAGGUUUGAGCUGUUGAACGAAGAGUUGAGGGACCUGAUGGCUAUCAAGGGUAAGACUUAAUAUCUAAUAUUAACCACACUAACACUCUAAGCGAGCCCUGUGUUUAUAACCUCCUGUCUGACAGUCGGCGAUUUAAUUCUUCAUGUGAAGCUACAAAAAGUUUUCAGUCUGGGUGACACAGUCUGUGUUGGUCUGUAGAGUAAAAAGAUCAGAGUGCGGUGAGAGCAUCACUCACAUGAGCUGAUAUUAAUAGACACAGUUCAGAGACGCAAAUAGUUACUGUCACGUUUCCUGUCUCAACAGUAGACUUAAAAAACAUCACCAGCUCUUUGAGAGUCAUUACUCUGCGAACUAACACAAGGUAAACUGUUUAGAGUCACAGGAUCAAAGUUAAGCUGGUAUCCAAACUAAAAUACUCAAAAGCUCUAACAGAGAGAUUUAAGAAACUGUUGGAUCUCAAAUGGGUCAUAUGACCUUUUUAUAAAAACAUGAAAAUCAGUUUUGAGUUUAAAAACAUCUCAAGCUGUUCCGUGGAACAUCAUAGCAGAUGCAGCUUAGAGUAAAGAUGUUUUUAAAGUCCUCACACAAACUUUUGGAUAAAAUUCAUGGAUUACGUCACAUUAAAAGUUUCACAUCUGUUGUUGUAGAUGUCAAAUUUGAAUAUGUCUGAAUUGGUAGGAAACUAAAGUACAGCUUUUAUUGCGCAUGAUUGCACAUUGGAAGUUUUGCAUGUCAUUUUGCACAGCUACUAUUGCACAGAAAAUUAAACAGCUCGCCCACGGGAACACAUAUAAGUGCGGAUGAAACACUUUUACUGUAAAUGGACAUUUAACAGAUCCUGUCAAGCUAAUCAGAAAGUAUUCACAUUUUUAUUGCACAUUUAAAUUAUGCAGGUCUUUACUAUCACUGUGUCAUUUUCUGUUUUUGCCAACAAGACAUUUUGCACAGCUAUUACUGUAGAUGUAAAACCAAACAGAUUUAUUAUUGCACAUGAGACAAUCUGCACAUCUGUUGAACAGGAGAAAUUUUAGUGUAUCUUUCACAACACAUUAUCAUUAUUGCACAUCCAUUAUUUCAUAUUGCUGGAACAUGUUACUUUGUAAAUCACAUCUGCUUUUGCACAUGAGUUUUAAAAAGAAUUGGCAUACAACUUUGCGCAUUUUACACAUAAAAACUUGCACAUCCAGUGUUUUUUUAUUGUAGACAUUUAUGAUUAUGCAUGCAAAAUCUGUAAAUCUAUUGCAGAUGCGAAAUUUGCAUGUAUAUGCACACAGUCAAGUUUUUGCAUCUAUUUUACAACACAGCUGGUUUUCACAUCUAUUAUUCUGCUCAUGAAGACAUGUCGCUCACCUGUUAAAUCAUAUUUAAAUGUUCACAUCUACUUUUACACAUGAUCUCUUAACACUUUAGACUUUUGGCAUAAAAGUCGACAUUUUUUUAUAUUACAAAAGCCUUAUUUCUGAAUAUUUUUGAACAUCUUUCUUUACAUAGGAAGAGUUUACACAUAAAUUGUCCAAUUGCAUAAUUCUGCACACCGUCACAAUGUGUGUGAGACAUUUUGCACAUCUAGUGUUUUCUAAUUUCACUCCUGAGAUACUUUGAGCACAAUUUUUGUUGCACAUGUAAAAUUGGACUUUAAUCUCCUUUGCUUUAUGAUCAUGAAUGAAGAAAAAGACUGAAGAUUAAACACAUGAUUUUAUUUAUUUUUAAGUGAAAUGAGUGUCUUUCAGAUCUUUUUCAAACAAUAAAGCAUCCACACUACUUUUAGGCCUCUUAACUUCAGUAUUAUGAAUAUCCAUGUUGCUUGAUUACUGUUUUCACAGCUCGCCUCGCUCAGCUCAUGUUUUCUUGAUGUUGCCUGUUGAUCAGUGAACACAAACAGAGACUUUCAGAAGGUCUUAGCUGUUUCUUACGGUAGAACUGCUGCAGAUUCAGGUCAGACUAUCACAGGGGUUCAGAGAGGAUACAACUCUCAGUGAUUUCUCUGCUAAUGCUGAUGUUUUAGAUGCAUGAAACAAACAAAUAAGUAUCUGCCCACUCUCAGAUUCAUCUGUCUGUGUCUCCUUGUUGCAGAGUGGCAGAAAACUCAGGCUCAUAAAGUCAGAGAGCAGCUGCUGCUGCAGGAACUGGUUUCACUGGUGAACCAAAGAGACGAGCUGGUGCACAACAUUGAUGCCAAGGAGAGAGGGUGAGACCACAUUAUCAUCUCUUUUUAUUUUACUGACCCUGACAACAGACGCUUUUUAUUAACUGAAGCAUAUUGAUUAUUCUUCGUGAAUACAAACUUAAACUCUUGUGUGUUUGUUGCUGUUUCAUCACUAGAUGGCGUUGUAGUGUUGCAGUUUUCUGCAGGAGGAGGGUUCAUGUGACGUCUCUGAUGCAAAAAUGUGUUUAAAAAGUCAAAUUCAAAAUAUGAUUGACAUGUUAACCUUAUAAACGUAAUGAAAUAUCACUCAAGCAUAAGGAAAUUUUCAAAGAAUUGAACUUUUAUUUUGUUUGAGCUGAAAAAUCUGAUUAAAAAAUUGACUUUAUUUGAAUCUUUAACAGAAAUAAAGCUCGUCAUGGUGAGAGUAAGGAGUUUGCUGUAACCAUAAAACAGCAAUUGUAACAUGUAUCUCUGAUUCUCCCAGCUGUUUUUUGGACUUGAGAAAACCUUCAGUUGAGUUUUACUACACUUAAGUUUAUUCGGACUUUCUCAAUCCUAAAUGAAAACAUUGUCCUCCUGUCUGUGCAUUAGAUGUCUGUCUCCAGAACCUCUGCAUUUCAUCAAUACCAUAAACCUCUCGAUUGAUCCUGCAGAAUAGAGCAACAACAAUUGUAAUCAUAAAUGCUCCCCUGCAGACAGAAGCAUCAAAUUUGUGUGUUUGUGUUUGUAAAGACAGACUUGUAUUUGUGUCCUGGUCCUCAGAGCUCUGGAGGAAGAUGAGCGUCUGGAACGAGGUCUGGAACAGCGCAGGAGGAAGUACGCCAAACAGCAGAAAGAAAAGUGUGUGAUGCAGUGA